GUCUCUCUAUAUAUUGAGGGCAAGUUUUUUUUUUUUAUCUAUUUCUAUAGAAAAAUUAUGAAACAAGAAGAGAGCAUGGAGUUUGAUAGAGUUCAAGCCAUUGCUUCCUUGUCAUUUGACAAGGAAACAAUUCCUGAAGAGUUCAUUCGGCCAGAGAAGGAGCAGCCAGCAACAACCACAUUCCAUGGCCCAGUCCCUGAAAUUCCCACCAUUGAUCUCAAUGAUCCUAAUCCAGAAAACUUGGUGCGUCUGAUUGCCGAUGCUAGCAAGGAAUGGGGGAUCUUCCAAGUUGUGAACCAUGGAAUCCCAAGUGAUCUCAUUGCCAAACUACAAGAUGUUGGUAAGAAAUUCUUCGAACUCCCUCAAGAAGAGAAAGAGGUGUAUGCUAAGCCUCAUGAUUCAAACAGCAUUGAAGGGUACGGAUCGAAAUUGCAGAAUAAUCCCCAAGUAAAGAAAUCUUGGGUUGAUCAUCUCUUUCAUAUCAUUUGGCCUCCUUCUUCCAUCAACUACCAGUUCUGGCCUCAGAACCCGCCUUCUUACAGGGAAGUCAAUGAGGAGUAUGCAAAGCAUAUGAGGGAGGUGACAGAUAAACUAUUCACAGCUCUCUCUUUAGGGUUAGGGCUUGAAGGCCAUGCAUUGAAAGAAGGUGCCGGUGGUGAAGAAAUCGAGUACUUGCUAAAAAUAAACUACUAUCCGCCAUGCCCACGUCCUGACCUCACACUGGGGGUGGCGGCCCAUACUGAUCUGUCUGCCCUCACCAUUCUUGUGCCUAACGAGGUCCCUGGAUUGCAGAUCUUCAAGGACGGGAAUUGGUUUGCAGCUAAGUACAUUCCUAAUGCCUUGAUCAUUCACAUUGGCGAUCAAAUUGAGAUCCUUAGCAAUGGUAAGUACAAGGCUGUUUUGCACAGAACCACGGUGGCUAAAGAUAAGGCAAGGAUGUCAUGGCCAGUUUUCUUGGAGCCUCCAGGCGAGCUCGUGGUCGGUCCUCUUCCUCACCUCAUCAACAAAGACAAUCCUUCAAAGUUCAAGGCCAAAAAAUUCAAGGAUUACAUGUACUGUAAACUCAACCAUCUCCCCCAGUAGUCCUAUAAAUAAUUUUCAAUAAUAAUAAUAAUAAUAACAACAAUAACAACGAGGGCUUGUUAUGAUUACGAUGUCAUUUUAGAGAAGUUGGUUGCCCUGAUGUAUUAAAUUAAUGCCAGUGGAUGCAUGGCACUCAUGAUAAUCGUGUUCUUUCGGUUGUGAUCAUAAUAUUAUGGAAAAUAUUAAGUAUGGGUGAAU